UUGUUGUGUGCCCCAACAUGCCUAUAUCUAUCUAUACCAGCCUGGCGCCUGUCUCUCCUUUUCAUCCUCUCAACCCCGCGCCAGGCACCUCCCUUGUCCGCGAUUCCGCGACCUCGGAACUCCCGUUAGCCCGGUACCGCCUGGCACGGAUGAUUCCCUACCUGUUUCUUUCCCGGCUUUCCCUUCAUCAUGAUCAUCCCCUUGAACAGCAACCAGGAGACAGUAGACCGACACUCUGAUUUUGGCAUCGCUAGGGCCACCACGCCGCGCCGGGAUCGCGACCUCCUGACAUAGUCACAUAGCAGUUAGAUUUGUUGUCACCUCACUGUACGCCUAUCGACUUAUACAUAGUUUGUACCCACGAUACCUGUAGUUGUCUUUUCGUUCAUUCAUCAUACCCAUAUUCGGUACCACCACGGUACACCUACGUACACUGGCCCAGCACCAGAACAUUACAGUGGCGCAGUCGGUAAAAGAACUACUCCCUUGAAAAAGAACUCUCCCAACCAUUCUGGCAGUCGUCUGGCAGUCGAAAAGAGGAUGAGAAGACGGACAUCCGAGCACUUCGCCUAUUUUCUGGACAUACUUCCAUCAGGACUGCAUCGUCGCGAAGUUUAUCGAAACUAAACAUUUUCUGGAUACACUACGGCCAAGACCACACCGCCCAAAGUUCAACGUUUCAAAGCUCAUCGAAAUUUUGUGCAACAUGUGUAAUUUAGAAAACCCAUCGCAUUUUCUAAGUGUUAUUCUUCCCUCGUUUUCCGGUGGUGACAGACACAAUUAUGGCGAAUUCGUUGAAUCAUGUGAAACUAUCAUUUAUUUUACCAAGCCUUUGCUUCGAGAGCAAGUAGUCUCUCAAAUUUUAAUUCCAAAAUUAGCUUCAAAUCUUAGCCAUAAAUUAAACGCAAAUUCCAUCAAUUCUUGGGAAACUCUCAAGCAUGCUUUAAUUUACAACUUUCAGAGUGAUUUAAAGUCUAAGUUACGGGAAAAUUUUGGUAAGUACUGUCCGCAGUGUCAAACUACAGAACAUAAUCAUUUAAAUUGUAAAAUUUGGGUAAGUCUGAAUGUAGACACUAUCUCUGAUGCUAAACCUCCUUGUGCAUUCUCCACGGAUGAACCUCAAUAUUGUCGAAGAUUAAUAGAAAUGGUUUCUCCCAGAAUUUCAAAACUUACUGAAAACGAAUAUGAUUUCUUAAUUUGUGUAUUUAAUUUCGUCAAAAACGCCCUUUCCGAGCAAGCUGCAGUAUGCUUCUUUCUAGUCAUAAGUGAAAAGUUACCUCCAGUUAUUAAAAAUAAAAUUCCAGAAGACUCAUUUGAAAAUUUAGAAACUUUUAUGGAGACUCUGAACAAGCAGAAGCAAAAGAAAACAUCUUCAAUUUCUAACUCAAAAUUCGCAUAUCCAAAUAGGAAUGUAGGAUUUUUAUCAAGCUACAAAUAUGAUUCAAAUCUCGAUCAACUUUCAAAUUCCAUUUCCAACUGUACUUCUAUUUUUGUUCCUGAAUCAAAUUUUACAUCAAAUCCUGAUUCUUUUUCUUUCGAAACUCCAGAUCAUCGAUUAAAUCCUGAUUCAAAUUUUAAAACUACUUUUAAGUCGAUCACUUCCUCAAAUUCAAAUUUUCAUUCUAGUUUUAAGUCAAGUCGUUAUUCAAACCCUGAUUCAAAUUCUCAUACGAAUUUUGAUAGUAUUAAUUCAAAUUCUCCUUCAAACUUUGGAUCAAAUUCUGAUACAGAUAUUGAACCUAGUCUUAAGUCAAAAAAUAUUUUAAAUUCUAAUAAUUUGAGGCCUUUGAACUCGCACUCAAAUUCUCAAUCUAGUUUUAAGUCAAAUUCGCCUUCAAAUCCUCAUGAU